AUGAGUGGCUUGCCACUGGAGCAACAAUUUGAUCAGAGAUCAAUUCGACAACCUAAGAUUGGUCGCAUUACGGCGCAGCUGUUUGCCCGUGAGCUGAUUUCCCGCAACGCCAUACCAAAAACAAUCUUCUGCUCUCCAACAUUGGCAAGUCUGCAGACGGCUACAGAUAUUCAGAACUACAUCGGGAAGGAAUGUGGUCUUACUUGCAUCGAUGCAUCACUAGCUUCUGAUAGAAGUAGUGCCGAACACUGGUUGGGUGAGAAAGAAAUAUCCAAGCUGAAAUUUCACAUAGACAACUCCUAUACCCCCAAUGAGGUCGAGGUGAGCUCAAUCCAAUAAUG